AUGAGCAUUUUUGAGCAUCUGCCAGCGCAAAGAGCAUUCAAGCUUCAGCCAAAACUGAGGAACAGCUGUCGCAACAAUUGGGCUUAUGGAUACUACAGACAGCAGAGAAAACUUGUUGAAGAGAUUGGAUGGUCCUACACAGGUGCACUGAGUCAAAAAAACUGGGGAAAGAAAUAUCCAACAUGUAAUAGCCCAAAGCAGUCCCCCAUCAAUAUUGAUGAAGAUCUCACUCAAGUCAAUGUGAAUCUGAAGAAACUGAAGUUUCAGGGCUGGGAUAAGGCGUCUUUGGAGAACACGUCCAUUCACAACACUGGGAAGACAGUGGAAAUUAAUAUCACUAAUGACUAUCGUCUUAGUGGAGGACUUUCGGAAAUGGUGUUCAAAGCAAGCAAAAUAACUUUUCACUGGGGAAAAUGCAAUGUGUCGUCCGAUGGGUCAGAGCACAGCUUGGAAGGACAGAGAUUUCCACUCGAGAUGCAAAUCUACUGCUUUGAUGUGGACCGAUUUUCAAGUUUUGAGGAAGCAGUUAAAGCAAAGGGGAGGUUAAGAGCUUUGUCCAUUUUAUUUGAGGUGGGAACAGAAGAAAAUUUGGAUUACAAAGCAAUUAUUGAUGGAGUGGAGAGUGUUAGUCGUUUUGGGAAGCAGGCUGCCUUAGAUCCAUUCGUUUUGCUGAACCUUCUGCCAAAUUCCACUGACAAGUAUUACAUUUACAACGGCUCACUGACGUCUCCUCCUUGUACAGACACCGUUGAAUGGAUUGUUUUUAAAGAUACAGUUAGCAUCUCUGAAAGCCAGUUGGCUGUGUUUUGUGAAGUUCUUACAAUGCAACAGUCUGGCUAUGUCAUGUUGAUGGACUACUUACAAAAUAAUUUUCGAGAACAGCAAUAUAAAUUCUCGAGGCAAGUGUUUUCCUCAUACACUGGAAAGGAAGAGAUUCACGAAGCGGUUUGUAGUUCAGAACCAGAAAAUGUGCAGGCAGACCCAGAAAAUUAUACUAGCCUUCUUGUUACAUGGGAAAGACCUCGAGUGGUUUAUGAUACCAUGAUUGAGAAAUUUGCGGUUGUGUACCAGCAAUUGGAGGGAGAUGACCAAAUCAAGCAUGAAUUUUUGACAGAUGGCUAUCAAGACUUGGGUGCUAUUCUCAAUAAUUUACUACCUAACAUGAGUUAUGUUCUUCAAAUAGUAGCCAUAUGCACUAAUGGCUUAUAUGGAAAAUACAGUGACCAGCUUAUAGUAGACAUGCCUGCCGAUGGUGCUGAACUUGACUUUUUUCCUGAAUUAAUUGGAGCUGAAGAGAUAAUCAAGGAAGAAAAGGAAAAAGACAUUGAGGAAGACUCUGCUGUGAAUCCUGGUAGAGACCGUGCCACAAACCAAAUCCGGAAGAAGGAACCCCCGGUGUCCACCACGACACACUACAACCGCAUAGGGACCAGGUACAACGAGGGCAAGACCAACCGAUCUCCAGCGAGAGGAGGCGGCUUCUCUGGAAAGGCUGCUCUCCCCAACACACCUUUAAAUUCUACUCCCCGACCAGGCCCUGAAUUGGCAACGGCAAAGGAAUUGUUUCUGUUUUCUCAGACUGAACUGCUGCCACAUACUGUGGAAGGUACUUCAUCCUCUUUAGAUGAUGGCUCUGAAACUGUUCUCAGAUUUCCACAAAUGAACCUGUCUGGAACUGUAGAAUCUUUAAACACGGUUUCUAUAACUGAGUAUCCAGAGGUGUCUACAGACAUCAGUGAGGAAGACAAUUUACUAACUGAUUUUAAACCUGGUAGCGGAGCUGAUGAUUCUUCAGGCUCUAGUCCUGCAACUUCUUCUGUGCCAUUCAUCCUUGAAAACAUAUCAAAUGGAUAUAUAUUUUCUUCAGAAAACCCAGAGACCAUCACAUAUACUGUGCUUAAACCAGAAUCUACAAGAAAUGCUUCAGAAGAUCCAGCUUCGUCAGGUUCAGAGGAAUCACUCAGAGACCCUUCCAUUGACAGGGGUGUGUGGCUUCCUGGCUCCACAGAUGGAACAACCCAGCCUGACACUGGAUCGGGUAAAGAGACCUUUCUCCAGACUAACGACACUCAGCUCCUCACAGAUGAUUCUGAGAAGGAAACGGAGUCCAUCCCUCCAGGCCCCCUCGUGUCACAGGGCCCCUCAGGCACAGAUAUGGAGAUGCCACAUUAUUCUACAUUUGCCUACUUCCCAACCGAGGUAACACUGUCUGCUUUCACUUCAUCCUCCGGGCACGGUUCAGCCCCCACCAUCCGAGUGGUACAGGCGCAGACAACUCAGCCAGUGUACAAUGGUGAGACACCUCUUCAGCCCUCCUACAGUAGUGAAGUGUUCCCACUAGCCACCCCUUUGUUGCUUGACAAUCAGAUCCUCAGCACUGCCCCUGCUGCUUCAAGUAGUGAUUCGACCUUGCAUGCUACGCCUAUAUUUCCCAGUGUCGAUGUGUCAUUUGAAUCCACCCUGUCUUCCUAUGAUGGUGCACCCUUGCUUCCAUUUUCCUCUGCUUCCUUCAGUAGUGAAUUGUUUCGCCAUCUGCAUACGGUCUCUCAAAUUCUUCCACAAGUUCCUGCAGCUACUGAGAGUGAUCAGGUAUCCUUGCAUGCUUCCCUGCCUGCGGCUGGGGCUGAUGUGUUAUUAGAGCCCAGCCUCGCUCAGUAUUCUGAUGUCGGGUCACAUCAGACCAGUGCUCAUGCUGCUUCAGAGACAUUGGAAUUUGGUAGUGAGUCUGGUGUCCUCUAUAAAACACGUAUGUUUCCUCAAGCUGAGCCAUCUAGCAGUGAUGCUAUGAUGCAUGCACAUUCUUCAGGGCCUGAACCUUCUUAUGCCUUACCUCAUGAUGAGGGCUCUCAACGCACCUUCGCUGUUCCUUACAGUUCUGCAAUACCUGUGCAUGAUUCUGUUGCUGUAUCUUAUCAGGGUUCCAUAUUUAGCAGCCCUAGCCAAAUAUCAGUGCCUAAGUCUUCGUUAAUAAUCCCGACUGCGUCAUUCCUGCAGCCUGCUCAUUCCCUCUCUGGUGAUGGGGAGUGGUCUGGAGCCUCCUCCGACAGUGAAUUUGUUUUGCCUGACACAGAUGGGCUGAUAGCCCUUAACAUUUCUUCACCUGUUUCUCUAGCUGAAUUUACAUAUACAAUAUCUGUGUUUGGUGAUGAUGAUAAGCCGCUUUCUAAAAGUGAAAUAAUAUAUGGAAAUGAGACUGAACUAAAAAUUUCUUCUCUCAGUGAGAUUGCCUACCACUCUGAAAGCACAGUCAUGCCCAACAUGUAUGAUCAUGUAAAUAAGUUCAAUAGGUCUUUACAAGAGACCUCUGCUUUCAUUUCUAGCACGGAGGGCAUGCAUCCAGGGUCUCUUGCUUACACUGCCACAAAGGUUUUUGAUCAUGAGAUUAGUCAAGUUCCAGAAAAUAACUUUCCAGUUCAACCUACACAUACUAUAUCUGCAGCAUUUGGUGACCCUUCGCUUAAAUCUGUGUCUAGAGCAAGCUCAGAGCCAGCAUCUUCUGACCCUACUUCUAGUGAAAUGUUAUCUCCAACUCAGCUCCUCCUCCAGGAGGCCUCAUCUCCUUUAAAUACUGAAGUCCUGCUGCAGCCUUCCUUUCAGCCUUCUGAUGUUGCCACCUUGCUUAGAACUGCUCUUCCAGCUGUGCCCAGUGAGCCGAUAUUGGUUGAAAGCCCCAAGGUUGAUAAAAUUAGCUCGACAGUAUUGCAUCUCAUGGCAUCAAAUUCUGCUGCAAGUGAAAACAGGCUGCACUCUACGUCUGUACCAGGCUUUGAAAUACUGGCUUCUAAUAUUCACUCUCCUGCACUGCAAGGUGUAACAGUUUCUUACACAAGUGAGAAAGAUUUUGAAUCAGUUUUGCUUACAAGCAAAAGUUCCCAGCAAGUUGUGCCAUCUUUGUACAGUAAUGAUGAGUUAUUCCAAACUGCCAAUUUGGAGAUUAAUCAGGUCUUCCCCGAAAAAAGAAGUCAUGUAUUUGCUACCCCUAUUUUAUCAGUUGAUGAGCCACCAAAUACAUUUACAAAUAAGCCUACAUAUUCCGAUGAAGCUUUCACCUCCACCGAAAGUUCUAAUACUGAUGAGGCACUUGCUGGGAUUCCAGCAGUUGUUCCUGACACUCUUGCAUCUACUGAUCAUUCUGUCUCCUUAGAAUAUGGGUACAUUUCCACUAUACCUGUUUCCCCUGAAAGAGAUGGUUCUGUGACCACAGCCAAGUUGUUGCUUCCUUCUAAAGCUACUUCUAAACUGACUUAUAGUGCCAGGUCUGAUGCUGACUUAGUAGGUGGUGGUGAAGAUGGUGCUAUUGAUGAUUAUGAUGAUGAUGAUGAUGGUGAAGGUCUAUACAUGAAUAAGUGUAUGUCAUGCUUAUCCUAUAGAGAACCACAGGAAAAGGUAACAAAUGACUCAGACACCCAGGAAAAUAAUCUUGUGGAUCACAAUAAUCCAGUGUUGAAUUCAUUCUCUGAGAAUUCUGAAGAAGAAAAUAAAGUCCCAGGUGUCACCUCAGACAGUCAAAUUGGCAUGGACAGAAAUCUUGAUAAGUCAGGGCCAAAAACUGUGCUAACCCAGAAGCACAAUGAUGGAAAAGAAGACACUGACAUUCAGAUUAGUAGUGCUGUGCUUCCUCUCACCCCAGAAUCUAAGGCAUGGGCAAUUCUUACAAGUGAUGAAGAAAGUGGAUCAGGGCAGGGUACCUCAGAUAGCCUCAAUGAUAAUGAGACUUCCACAGAUUUCAGUUUUCCAGAUGUUAAUGAAAGAGAUACUGACGGGGUCCUGGAGGCAGGGGACUCGAAGCGAACUCCUGGGUCCUCACAGUCCUCAGCACCGUCUGUUGCCAGCGGGCACUCAGAAGUGUUCGACAGUUCAGAGGCAGAAGCCAGUAAUAGUAGCCAUGAAUCACGUAUUGGUCUAGCUGAGGGGUUGGAAUCUGAGAAGAAGGCUGUUAUACCUCUCGUGAUCGUGUCAGCCCUGACUUUUAUCUGUCUAGUGGUUCUUGUGGGUAUUCUCAUCUACUGGAGAAAAUGCUUCCAGACUGCACACUUUUAUUUGGAGGACAGUACGUCCCCUCGAGUAAUCUCUACCCCGCCAACACCUGUCUUCCCAAUUUCAGAUGAUGUUGGAGCAAUUCCAACAAAGCACUUUACAAAGCAUGUUGCAGACUUACAUGCAAGUAAUGGGUUUACUGAAGAAUUUGAGACACUGAAAGAGUUUUACCAGGAAGUGCAGAGCUGUACUGUUGACUUAGGCAUUACAGCAGACAGCUCUAACCACCCUGACAAUAAGCACAAGAACAGAUACGUAAACAUCGUUGCCUAUGAUCACAGCAGGGUUAAACUGGCACAGCUUGCUGAAAAAGAUGGAAAACUGACUGAUUACAUCAAUGCCAAUUAUGUUGAUGGAUACAACAGACCAAAGGCUUACAUUGCUGCCCAAGGACCCCUGAAAUCUACAGCUGAAGACUUCUGGAGAAUGAUAUGGGAGCAUAAUGUGGAAGUUAUCAUCAUGAUAACAAACCUGGUGGAGAAAGGAAGGCGGAAAUGUGACCAGUACUGGCCUACAGAUGGUAGUGAAGAAUAUGGGAACUUUCUGGUCAAUCAGAAAGAUGUUCAAGUGCUUGCCUAUUACACUGUGAGGAACUUUACUCUAAGAAACACAAAGAUUAAAAAGGGCUCCCAGAAAGGAAGGCCAAGUGGGCGAGUGGUGACACAGUACCAUUACACACAGUGGCCAGACAUGGGAGUCCCUGAGUAUUCCCUGCCAGUGCUGACCUUCGUGCGAAAGGCAGCCCACGCCAAGCGCCAUGCAGUGGGGCCUGUUGUCGUCCACUGCAGCGCUGGUGUUGGAAGAACAGGAACAUACAUCGUGCUGGAUAGUAUGCUGCAACAAAUUCAACACGAAGGAACUGUCAAUGUGUUUGGCUUCUUAAAACACAUUCGCUCACAAAGAAAUUAUUUAGUGCAAACCGAGGAGCAGUAUGUCUUUAUCCAUGAUACCUUGGUUGAGGCCAUACUCAGUAAGGAAACUGAGGUGUCAGACAGUCAUAUCCAUGCCUACGUUAAUGCGCUCCUCAUUCCAGGACCAACAGGCAAAACAAAACUAGAGAAACAAUUCCAGCUUCUGAGUCAAUCUAAUAUACAGCAGAGUGACUAUUCUACAGCCUUAAAACAGUGCAACAGGGAGAAGAACAGAACUUCUUCCAUCAUUCCUGUGGAAAGAUCAAGGGUUGGUAUUUCAUCCCUGAGUGGAGAAAGCACCGACUACAUCAAUGCCUCCUAUAUCAUGGGUUAUUACCAGAGCAAUGAGUUUAUCAUCACCCAGCACCCGCUGCUCCACACCAUCAAGGACUUCUGGAGAAUGAUAUGGGAUCAUAAUGCCCAACUGGUGGUUAUGAUUCCUGAUGGUCAAAACAUGGCAGAAGAUGAAUUUGUUUACUGGCCAAAUAAAGAUGAGCCUAUAAAUUGUGAGAGCUUUAAGGUCACUCUGAUGGCUGAAGAACAAAAGUGUCUAUCUAGUGAGGAAAAACUUAUAAUUCAAGACUUUAUCUUAGAAGCUACACAGGAUGAUUAUGUACUUGAAGUGAGGCAUUUCCAGUGUCCCAAAUGGCCGAAUCCAGACAGUCCCAUCAGUAAAACAUUUGAACUUAUAAGUAUUAUAAAAGAAGAAGCUGCCAACAGGGAUGGGCCUAUGAUUGUUCAUGAUGAGCACGGAGGAGUGACGGCAGGAACAUUCUGUGCUCUGACAACUCUUAUGCACCAACUAGAAAAAGAAAAUUCUGUGGAUGUUUACCAGGUGGCCAAGAUGAUCAAUCUGAUGAGGCCAGGAGUCUUUGCUGACAUUGAGCAGUAUCAGUUUCUCUACAAAGUGGUCCUCAGCCUCGUCAGUACGAGGCAGGAAGAGAAUCCGUCCACCUCCCUGGACAGUAAUGGUGCAGCUUUGCCUGAUGGAAAUAGAGCUGAGAGCUUAGAAUCCUUAGUUUAACACAGGCAAGGGUGGGGUCCACACAUCUGUGCAUUGUUUUCCGCCUUCUAAAAUUAGGAAAAUCAGUCCAGUUCUUUCUGUCUACUUUCCAUCAUGUGACAGUAACUUUCAUAAUAUAGGAAUUUGCUGCCAAAUUUACGUCAUUAACAAUGUGUGCCUUUUUGAAAGAUUCCUGUAAUUCACUUAUUAUGUUUAAACUAAAAUGACUGAAUUUUACAGUAUUUCUAAAAAUGGAAUUAUGGUAUUUUUUUCAUACUGAUUUUAACAGAAGUUUCCAAUUUAUAGUUAUUAGGAAUUCCCAACUAAAGAAAAUGUUGUUUUGCGUGUCAGAUUUUUAGCUGUACUUGUAGCAAUCAUCGGGUUUGCUAGAAAUAUAACUUUUAAGAUAGUAGGUUGUAAAUAAACCAUUUUGUCUGCUAUGAUAUUCAACAUUUUACAACUGUGAUAUUCACCUAAAGUAGGAAUAAUCUGAUACUUACUGUAAAUACUGCUGUAGUGUCUCCAUGGACCAAAUUUAUAUUUAUAAUUGUAGAUUUUUUAUAUUUUACUACUGAGUCAGUUUUCUAGUUCUGUGUAAUUGUUUAGUUUAAUGAUAUAGUACAUUACCUGAUCUCACUCUACAAGUCUUCUGAUAUAGUAUUGUGUUAUCUAAGGGAUUAACUCUGUUCAAGCAUGUAAUUUUAACUUUUGUGGAAAAUAGAAAUACAUUCAUUUCGCAAGAUGUUUUUAUGAAAAUAACACCUUACCAAACAUUGUUUAAAUUGUUUUUAUCGAAGGAAUUGCAAACAUAAAUAUAAAUAUUGCCAUCAAAUUUGUGUUUACUUGUGGAAUGUUAUGCUGAGGUAUGCGUGACAGAAAAACUACAGACAUUGUCCCACAGGGAUGAUGGACCUGUAAGAAGGCCAGAGCAGAAUGGAGUACAGAGCUGUGGUUCACAUAUUGUUCCCAGUGGUGCAAAAUAUUACAUUUUUGAGAACACAGUAAUAAGUGCUGAUAUGGUAAAAGUCUCCUGCUAUUAAAUUAUUUACACCUGACUACAUAA